AUGGGCGUCCUCGUGGAGACCUCCCAACCCGCGAAGGAUGGCCUUCGCGGGUACUACAGCGCGAAGAUCGAGGAGUACGAGAUCGCCGUCAGGGAUAAGACGCAGAACCUCCGGCGGUUGGAGGCGCAGCGGAACGAGCUGAACCACAAGGUCCGGAUGCUUCGCGAGGAGAUCCAGCUCCUGCAAGAGCCCGGAUCGUACGUCGGUGAAGUCGUGAAGGUGAUGGGGAAGACGAAGGUCCUCUGCAAGGCGCGUCUCGUUCACCCCGAGGGUAAAUACGUCGUGGACAUCGCGAAGGACAUAGACAUCAACACGCUCACCACCGGCGCGCGCGUCGCGCUGAAGAACGACAGCUACGCGCUCCAUCUCAUCCUCCCGUCGCUCGUGGACCCGCUCGUGUCGCUCAUGAAGGUGGAGAAAGUGCCGGACUCCACGUUCGACAUGAUCGGCGGCCUGGACGAGCAGGUGAAGGAGAUCAAAGAGGUGGUGGAGCUCCCGAUCAAACACCCGGAGCUGUUCGAGUCGCUGGGGAUCGCGCAGCCGAAGGGGGUGAUCUUGUACGGACCUCCGGGGACGGGGAAGACGUUGCUGGCGCGAGCCGUCGCGCACCACACCGACUGCUGCUUCAUCCGCGUCAGCGGGUCGGAGCUCGUGCAGAAGUACAUCGGCGAGGGCGCGCGGAUGGUGCGCGAGCUGUUCGUGAUGGCGCGGGAGAACGCGCCGGCGAUUCUGUUCAUGGACGAGGUGGACUCGAUCGGGUCGGCGCGAGGGAGCGGCGGCGGCGACAGCGAAGUCCAGCGCACGAUGCUGGAGCUUUUGAACCAGCUCGACGGGUUCGAGGCGUCGAACAAGAUCAAGGUGAUCAUGGCGACGAACCGCCUCGAUAUCCUCGACAGCGCGCUGCUGCGGCCGGGAAGGAUCGAUCGCAAGAUUGAGUUCCCGAACCCGACAGAGGAUUCGCGCGUGGACAUUUUGAAGAUUCACUCGCGGAAGAUGAACUUAGUGCGCGGGAUCGACAUGAAGAAGAUCGCGUCGAAGAUGACGGGCGCGAGCGGGGCGGAGAGCAAGGCGGUGUGCACGGAGGCGGGGAUGUUCGCGCUGAGAGAGCGCAGGGUGCACGUCACCCAAGAGGAUUUCGAGAUGGCCGUGAGCAAGGUGAUGAUGAAGGACUCGGAGAAGAACAUCUCCGUCGCCAAGUUGUUCACGUGAGCGAGCGGCGAGCGGCGCGCGCGCGGGGACGAGCGCGAGCGCGUCUCGCGACGAUGUAAUCAAACCACCGACGAAGAGCGUUUCG